UACCUUUUAAUUCACUCUAUGAAUAUGAAUAUGUGUCCCUUACUAUUGAUGAAUGGGUAUGAAGUUGACUAUGAGAAUAGCAGUGAUUUGUUUGAAGACAGUCUAGCUUUUAGGAAAUAAAUAUAUGACUUUCCAGAAGGCUAGAAAAUGUAUGGUAAUAUUUGUGUUCAUUUGUAAUAUACCCAUAGUAUCAUAGAUGUUUGAUCUGAAAGAGAGCAUCUGGCUCAAACCCCUAAUUUUCUAGAUGAGGACUCUGAGUCCAGAGAAGAUAAGUGACUUCUUCAAAGUUAUGCAGAUGACUAAAAUCAAGUCCUAGAUCUUACUAAUCCCAAAUUCAGUGUUCCUUCCACCACACUACACAACCAAAAUACUUUAUGUACUACUGGAAUUAAAUUUAAGCCCAUAAAAAGUCCAUUAUUGAUUGAAAUCCCAGAAUUAUUUCUAAUUUUUCUACUUUUAUAUUAUUAGUCUCACUCCCCUGAGAAGUCCAUAUUAUUUUUUCUGUUCCUCUAAUGGGAACCUAAAAUAUCUUGGUUUCUAUCUCAGUAUCACACUGAAAAUAUUUGCAUUCAUUUAUGCUUCAUAUCUAAUCAAUAUAUAAUAAUUUUUUGUCUACAAACCAUCUAUUUUCUCCUUUAAAUUAUGAACUGGAUGGCAAGGACAUUGAUGAUUUCCUAUUUGUUACAGCCCAUGUAAAGUACACUUCAGGACCCUAUGAAAGAAGUGUGACUUCUUUCAAUUUCUUUUUUUAUAAUAUCUUUGCAUUCUGGGGCAACCCUAUAUGUCUGUUGUGUGCGACAUAUGCAUACUCUCUGUGGGCAUUUUACUAGGUGAUGGUCAUUAUAAUAGGAGUUACUAUUACAGCCUCAUUCCUUCUGUUUCCUUUUAUUAAUUAAGCCCACCGCUUCUACCAACUAGCCAAAGAAGCUGAUCACAUGGAAAACAUUUUAUAUAGUCUUUAAAGAACCGGUUUCAGUUAAUCAUAUAGUACAACAUAAUUAUGGAAUCUGAGUAUUAGAAAGAACAUUGGAAAGCGAUCUCCUGUGCCUACCCUGGAAAAAUAUUUUAAAUAAAAGUGAGGAAGUCCUCAACAAGCCAUCAACAACUAACAUAGGUUACAGCCACUAAAAUCAGUUCUUUUAUAUCUGGUUUAAAUCCUUAUUACUGCAGUAGAAUUCUAUGACAUGUCUCCUGUGGGAGGACUAUUUAACAUUGUUGUGAGUGGUGUAGGACAUCGGUAGAAAAAGCAGCUUUGUUUUCUUCAGAUAUUUUCAUAACCACCUAUAUUCUUUGAAAAAUAUAUUUUUACUUCUCCUGAAAUUUUUAAUAUAAAAAGUUAUCCUGAAAGGAAAUGAAAGGAAGUGAAUGAUAUCAGAACUCAUUAAAGUCAAUCUUGGGAACGAUUUGCCUCGAAGGAUAAAGAAGGAAACAAAUGUUCCCAAGCAAGUCAAAACACAGACUAUGAGAUUUUAUUUGCCACUGCCCAUCAAAAGUGACUAUAAUUUGGGUGGGUGAAAAAAUUAAACACUUGGCUCCCAAAGAGAUGUUCCUGGAUUCAGAUACAAUACAUGAUCUGGUGCCUGGCUACAUCCACAAUCUUUACAGCACUUCUUUACCGAGAAGAAUUUAGAUUAUACUGAUUCUGAGAUGGAAGUCCUGAGCUGGAAACUCCUUUGCUACUAAGGAAACUUUCUUGAGAAAUAACCUUCUUGCUUCUAUAUACCUGAAGUCAGCACAUUAGAAGAUGAGUGACCAAAAGAAAUAUGGAAGUCCGAAAGCUGCACACCAUUCAGGCAAAAUCUGGUUGGAGAGGAAAGCUGUUCCCAUGAUUAGUGAGCUUCCCCAGCUAGCCUGUAGGUGGGUGUGUUUAACAGAAGGAAGCAAUGGGAACCCGCCUGUCAGCCAGCCUUUUGAGCUAAUUAGCUCAGCAUACAACAAAGAUAAGUGAGCCUGGGAGGAGGGCCCCCUGAGGGGUCUUUAGAUUCUGGGAAAUGUCUGAUUGGCAGAUGUUAAAAGAGAUUCUUUGGUAAUCCUGUGCAUCAAUGAGCUGCACAAAUUCAGACCAGGACUGCAAGAAUUCAGGCAUGAGGACACUGUGCAGCAGGCUCGCACAGGCAGACCCAAGAUGGACAGAACCUUGGAAUCCUUGAGACACAUCAUUGCCCAAGUCUUGCCUCACAGAGACCCGGCUCUAGUCUUCAAAGACUUGGGUUUCAUAUUACAAAGGGCUUCUGAAACAGAACUUUGCUAUGGAACUACCCAAAAGUUAAGAUUUGUUAGCCUGAACUCAACUUUAACAACUUCUGAAACUCACGUGUUAAGUUACAGCCCAUAAUAGGAUACAGCUGCACAAGGUGAACGUUGUGUCAAUGUUACAGGAAUUUUGGGAAAGCAAGCAGCAACAGAGGGCUGCGUUCCCAAGUGAAGGUGUGGUGGUCUACGAGUCGCUGCCGUCUCCUGGACCACCCUUUGUGAGUUAUGUGACCCUCCCAGGGGGAAGCUGUUUUGGCAACUUUCAGUGCUGCUUAAGUAGAGCUGAGGCCAGACGCGAUGCAGCUAAAGUGGCCCUAAUCAACUCCCUCUUCAAUGAGCUGCCCUCUCGCAGGAUCACCAAGGAAUUCAUUAUGGAGAGUGUGCAGGAAGCAGUUGCCUCCACUAGUGGCACUUUGGAUGACGCGGACGACCCCAGCACCAGCAUUGGAGCCUACCACUACAUGCUGGAGUCAAACAUGGGGAAGACCAUGCUGGAAUUUCAGGAGCUUAUGACCAUUUUCCAACUAUUGCACUGGAAUGGAAGCCUAAAAGCCCUUCGUGAAACAAAGUGUUCCCGACAGGAAGUCAUCUCCUACUAUUCCCAGUAUUCCCUAGAUGAAAAGAUGCGCAGCCACAUGGCCCUGGACUGGAUCAUGAAGGAGCGGGAGUCACCAGGAAUUCUCUCCCAAGAGCUACGAAUGGCCCUGAGGGAGUUGGAGGAAGCCAGGAAAGCAGGACAAGAACUACGUUUUUACAAAGAAAAGAAAGAAAUCCUGAGUUUAGCCCUGACUCAGAUCUACAGUGAUCCUGACACUUCCUCACCCAGUGAUGAUCAGUUGAGCCUCACGGCCCUUUGCAGCUAUCACUAACAAGGCCAGGUCCCAGCUGCCCCCAAGGCAGGCAGAGGCCGGACUGUAACAUUAGGAAGCUCAUAGAAGGUCAUCAGAGGCUUUAGCAGCUAUAGAUGCUGCCUGAAGACUGUACUAAUUCUCCCCACCCAUUCCAUUCAUAGAAUCUCAGAGUAGGAGGACCCUUAUAGGACCCAACAUGUCACUCAAUACAAUUUUCCCAUCACACUCUCGAUAGUUCCACCUCAGACUGAAAGGAUGGAGACAGGAUUGCUUGAAAAAUAUUUUCCAGGCCUGGCUUUAACCUGAAGCCUUGUUGACAUGUGCCUUGCUAGAUUAUAUAUGUUGUUUAAAAGAAUGGGUCAAUGUAGCAUCCCCGAAAAGAACACCAGCCAGGACUGGGGAAAAUAGCAUGAUAGCAAUUAAAAAAUACUUGGGAUUAAAUAAACAAUAUGGAUACUUUUAAAAAAUA